GACUACAGGAAGCAAACAGAGCAACAAGAGAGCAGGCAACAACAUCCAGAGCAACUGCGAUGGCUAACGACGUAAGCUCUGCUGCGUCAUCCUCUGCGUCCUCGUCAGGGACUAAUGGGAGCCAGUUGGGAAUGCCAACGAGUUCCACAAGUUCCUCGGGCACUUCCGGUUCCACAGGUUCUAGACAGUCUUCUAGUCAAAUGGCGGGCGCGCAGUUCAGCCCGUUGACCCCAAGUGAGAGGGAGCUCAGAGAGAUCCAGCAGGUCGAGAUGCUUCGCCGUAAGUUAGAGCAGGACCUGAAAGAUGCUACCGAUAGAGAAAAUGCGAUGAAAACUAGAGUAGCCAGGCUUGAAACUUUAGAGGCUGACAAGGCUGAAUUAGAGGGCUUGGAUGAGUCAGCCUUGACUGACCCACUGAAAGUAUUGAAGAAGAAUAUGCUGUCACUACAUGCACAUGUGGACAACAAGUUAGACUUCAUGCAGAGCACUCUAGGCCAGAUCCUGGAUGCUUUGACAAGGCCAGGAUUCCGACCACCAGCACAAUCGCCGUUGCCGUUAUCAGCGAUGUCAGGCCCCUUUCCGGUUCAAGCUGGCACACCGCCAAGUGGCACAUCUGCAGCAGCAACACAGACUGUUGCAUCUUCUUCUUCGGGUUCAGCGUGCUGGCUCAAGUUGAGACCGAUUGAGUACAUGAGUAAGAAGAUGCCAUUGAAGAAGUUGGCUAAGUCCACCUACGAAAGGGAACUCUAUGCUCUUUACAAGGCACUUGUCCAUUGGAGACACUUCCUAUUAGGAAGGUUCUUCUACUUGAGGACUGAUCAUCAGACCCUCAAAUGGAUCAAGACUCAACCGGCUCUUUCUGAUGCACUCAAGCGAUGGAUUGAGGUCAUAGAUCAAUAUGACUUCAAGCUUGAGUACCUGAAGGGAGAGUACAACAAGGUUGCAGAUGCGCUAUCACGAAGAAAAGACUACCUAGGUGCGCUAGUUUCUGACUUUGGCGUAUCUAACGAAGUAACUCAAUCAUUGGUGGGAGCCUAUCAGGAAGACCCUGUCACGAUGGACAUCAUGCGCAAACUUCAGGCGAAAGACAAGGCCACAAAAAGUGAGUUUGUGAUGGUGGACGGGUUAAUCUAUCUUGAGAAGGCGGGAAUAAAAAGGUUGGUAGUUCCAUCUAGUGAGAGUUUGCGUAGUUUGUUCUUAGGWGAAUGUCAUGAYRCAACUGGACACUUUGGCUACAAAAAGACGAGUGYUAACCUAGUACARCGAUUUUGGUGGCCUGGUAUGCUUGAUGACGCAAAGAAGUACGUAGAGACUUGUCAGGUCUGUCAGCGGGACAAGCCGCGCACUCAAGCACCGCUUGGGUUGCUGAAGCCUUUACCAAUCCCCGCUGGUCCAGGACUGAGUGUAUCCAUGGAUUUCAUGGACACCUUAGCGACCAGCAAGAGCAGCAAGAGGUACAUAUUCGUCAUCAUAGACCGAUUCUCCAAAUACGCUAGACUAGUGGUCAUGCCAGAGACAGYCAGGACUGACUAYGUCAUCAAGYUGUUCAAGGACAACWGGGUGAGGGACUUUGGUUUACCAAAGACUAUCAUYAGUGACARAGAUGUCCGUUUCACYAGURAGCUGUGGAARAAGACUGCRGAACARAUGGGCAGUCAACUUCAAAUGACUUCAGGAAACCAUCCUGAAGCCAACGGACAGGCCGAGCAAAUGAACAGAGUUGUGCAGCACUUGCUGAGGCACUACAUCAAGCCCAACCAGGAUGACUGGGAUGAGCAAUUGCCUCUCAUCGCCAGCCUGUACAACAAUGUUGUACACAACAACACCGGCGUGAGUCCUACUCAGCUACACUUGGGAUGGAAGCCUAGAUCAGCACUAGACUUCCUCCUGCCUGAAAACCGAACCGCCGCAACUCCAGGCACACUCGAGUACGGUGUGCAGUAUGAGAAGUUGCUGCAGAAUGCUAUCAAACACAUGAAGAAAGCUCAGCAAGCAAUGAUUGCUUCUGAGAAUCAACAUCGUCGAUAGUCCACAUUUCAGGUAGGGGAACGUGUCUGGGUCAAGGCUAGCGAGCUAGGACAGGA